GAAUCGAUAAAUAAAUAUGGAAGGAACUUUUGUAGUAAUCGGCGGUGGGAUUGCUGGCGUAUCUUGUGCCGAAAGCUUAGCGUUUCUUGCCCCGGAAGAGAGAGUGAUUUUAAUUACCGCUAGCCCUUUGAUAAAAGCUGUCACUAACAUUGUUCCAUUGAGCCAGAUGAUGACACGAUUCGACGUCCAAGAACGUGAUGCACUGAGUUUGUCCGAGAUGCAUCCAUCCAUUUCCAUAAUUCAUGACACGGUAAUGAGUGUGGAUUUAGUGAAUAAAUAUGUGGAAACAGAGUCAGGGCAAAUAGUGCGUUACAAGAAACUGUGUCUGUGUAAUGGAGCGAGUCCAAAGAUGAUUGCGCAGGAUAAUCCUCAUGUUCUUGGCAUAAGAGAUACAGAGUCUGUGAACAAUUUUUCAAAGAAAGUGAAAAAUGCAAGAAGAAUUGUGAUCGUUGGCAAUGGCGGAAUAGCGACUGAGAUUGUUCAUGAAAUACAAGGGAUCGAGAUGAUCUGGGUGAUCAAAGAUAAACACAUUUCGGCAACGUUUGUUGAUCCGGGGGCUGCUGAAUUUUUUCAGUACAAGUUGUUAAAAAAAGGCAAUGAUACGAGCGAAGAUGGUAUUGUGAAGAGAAUGAAAUAUAAGAUCGCGGAUGAACAAGCAGUCGCGGGAGGCGCAGCUUUAGGUCCCGAUUGGCAUAGAAAUUAUAAUAUCACCGGAAUCUCCCAAACUUCAAGUCCAGUGCAAGUCGAAUACAGCUGUGAACUUGUUGCAAUAUCGAGUGAGUCACAUCAUGAUGAGGAUAAUACCGAAAAUUGGCCGAUUUAUGUGAAACUUACGAAUGGGAAAAAUAUAGGCUGCGAUUUUGUGGUGUCUGCAACAGGCGUGAUCCCUAACUCAGUGAUGAGGGGAUCGGAAGAGCUCAAGAGGGGCGAAGACGGGGGAUACUUGGUCGAUGAUAGGCUGAAGACUUCAGAAAAGGAUGUAUUCGCCGCUGGUGACGUGUGUACCGCUAAUUGGGAUCUGGCUCAACAUUGGUUUCAAAUGAGACUCUGGACUCAAGCUAUGCAAAUGGGUCGCUACGCCGCUAAAUCAAUGGUUUGCGAAUUCAGAGGAGAAGAGUGUUUACAAGACUUUUGCUUCGAGUUGUUCACCCAUGUUACUAAGUUUUUUGGGUUUAAAGUUGUAUUAUUGGGUCUUUACAAUGGACAAAAAUUGAAGGGUGAAUAUGAAAUACUAUUGCGAGUAACUAAAGGGGCAGAGUACGUCAAACUGAUAUUGAAAAAUGGCAAACUGCAGGGAGCUGUUCUCAUAGGAGAAACAAAUUUGGAAGAAAUGUGCGAGAAUUUGAUUCUGGAUCAACUUGAUCUGAGUGUUUAUGGCGAGGACUUGUUAAACCCCGAUAUCGAUGUAGAGGAUUAUUUUGAUUGAGAUUUGGAGUUCGAUGGAUGAGAACGAGAUGUGAGCACAAACUCGAUCUUCGAUAAUGGUAUUUUACAGCAAAUUUAUUAUAAAUAGAAAAAUCGUACAGAAAUAUAUUCUCUAAAAUUGCUCUUGGAAUUUAAUCUUAUGACUAACACGUUGAAUAAAUUUAUAUGGCACUGCGUGUUUAAAAUGA